GCGCGGGAGAGGGAUCCCGUAACCCGAGAGGAGGCUGGAACCUGGGGCGGGCGGAGACGACCUCGCCGUCGCCGCCCCAGAGACGAUGGGUGGCCCUAACUCGCAGUCUUCGGCCCCGCCCCGCGAUCCGGUCCGGCCACGUGGUGGGCGGACCGGGGGCGGUUCUGAGCCCUCGACCUCGCAGGACCCCUGAGCCCUGGCCAUAGUCCGGGGCGGGCGCUGAGAGGCAAGCGCGGGCCCAAGACCAGCGGAGAGCGAGAUCACCACGCGCAGCGCCAUGGCCAGCGAGGGUCGCGAGGGCGAGCACCCGUCCGUGACACUCUUCCGCCAGUACCUGCGCAUCCGCACCGUCCAGCCCAAGCCCGACUACGGCGCUGCCGUGGCCUUCCUUGAAGAGAGAGCCCGCCAGCUGGGCCUAGGCUGUCAGAAAGUGGAGGUGGCACCUGGCCAUGUGGUGACCAUUCUGACGUGGCCAGGCACCAACCCCAGACUCUCCUCCAUCUUACUCAACUCCCACACUGAUGUGGUGCCUGUCUUCAAGGAACACUGGAGUCAUGACCCCUUUGAGGCCUUCAAGGAUGCUGAGGGCUACAUCUAUGCCAGGGGUGCCCAGGACAUGAAGUGUGUCAGCAUCCAGUACCUGGAGGCUGUGAGGAGGCUGAAGGCUGAGGGCCACCAUUUCCCCAGAACCAUCCACAUGACCUUUGUGCCAGAUGAGGAGGUUGGAGGUCACCAAGGCAUGGAGCUGUUUGUGCAGCGGCCCGAGUUCCAGGCCCUGAGGGCUGGCUUCGCCCUGGAUGAAGGCCUGGCCAACCCCACUGAUGCCUUCACUGUCUUUUACAGUGAGCGGAGCCCCUGGUGGGUGCGGGUCUCGAGCACCGGGAAGCCAGGCCACAGCUCAUGCUUCAUCGAGGACACAGCAGCGGAGAAGCUGCACAAGGUCGUGAGCUCAAUCCUGGCUUUCCGGGAGAAGGAGCGGCAGAGGCUGCAGUCAAACCCCCACCUGAAGGCAGGGGCUGUGACCUCCGUGAACCUGACCAAGUUAGAGGGCGGCGUGGCUUAUAACGUGGUACCUGCUACUAUGAGCGCCAGCUUUGACUUCCGUGUGGCACCGGAUGUGGACCUGAAGGCUUUCGAGGAGCAGCUGCAGGGCUGGUGCCGGGCAGCUGGUGAGGGGGUCACCUUUGAGUUUGCUCAGAAGUGGACGGAGUCCCGAAUGACAUCUAUUGAUGACUCAGACCCCUGGUGGGCAGCAUUUAGCGGGGUCUGCAAGGACAUGAACCUCACGCUGGAGCCAGAGAUCUUCCCUGCUGCCACGGAUAGCCGCUACCUCCGUGUGGUGGGGGUCCCCGCGCUGGGCUUCUCACCCAUGAACCGCACACCUGUACUGCUGCACGACCACGAUGAGCGGCUGCAUGAGGCCGUGUUCCUCCGUGGGAUUGACAUAUACACGCGGCUGCUGCCUGCCCUGGCCAGUGUGCCUGCCCUGCCCAGUGACGGCUGAGUCCCAGGAGCGUCCACCGGACCAGUGUCAAGGACCCCUCCCCCCCCCGCCCAACAAUAAAGUCUGCGUGUGGACAGAGGCCAGUUCUGAAGUACUAAGAGCAAGGACGUUCAUGGAGCAGGGAUUCUGUCAUUUCUCUGGGGACAUGCAAUUCCCACCCCCGUUUCACAGAUGAGAAAACUGAGCCUGGCUCUGGGUGCCUCCCACUACCCCAUGCUGCUGUGUCUCUCCACACAGCACACUCAUCCAGUACCACCCAGCCAUGUCUGUGCCCAGCGCCAAGGGACCAUAGUUCCUCUUCUCAGUGGCCACUAAGCCUUUAUCUGACUUAUAAGGUCGGGGACACCACUCUGAGGAGGAAACCAAAGCAAAGAUCUCAGGGAAACACUUCUGGCUUUCUGGGAACACACUCAGGAUCCUGAGACAGGACUACAGCUAGAGGCCAGCUGGGCCAUGCCAGAUGUGGGGCAGGUAGGAGAGCUUGCAAGCCAUGGCUGCUAGCAUGUUCAUCUUAGGGUCCCUACACCCUGGGCAGGGAUCAGUGUGUGCUGAGUGAGGCUUCAGUCUGUCAGCCCUGCUAGGUAGGGGGCUCCAGGCAGGACCGAGAGUCACUAUGGCCUGAUUGCUGAGCUUGCUCCUCUAGCUCAUCUGAUCUAGUCCUGUUUGGACCUCCACAGGCAUGGGAUGAGAGACAGGGAGGGCUGGGUUUUGAAGUUCUUGUGGCCAGAGGGAAGUCCACAGCCUGGUUCUGUGGCCUGCAGGCUUAGUCCCGAUAGUACUAACCCCUGCUCGUGCAAUUCUGCCAAGGAGCCAGGACUUUGGCCAGCUCUAUCUGCUUUGAGCCCUCCCAGCAGCCCCUGGAUGCAGGUUUCACUGAGCCCCUUUAGCAGCUCUGCUAGAAUAGCUUGCCCAAAACCACAUAGCUUGUAGGUAAUGGGAGUCAAGAUUUGAGACUCAAAAACUAGGGACACAAGGGAGGCUCUGGGUGGGAGCUGGAGGCUGACAGCAACCUGGUUGUGACCUUAAGUAAGCCUAUUUGAAGCCCCUGACCUGGGGUCUGGCCUCCCCCUUCAGAUGAAAGGAGUCUUCACGCCCUGUCCUGGCCUAGAACACAAGCCUCACUGGAAGCCACCUGACCUGAUGACCUCAGGCUGGGCCAAAGUACCUUCAGGACAUAAAACCUGUUCCUGGUCCCUUUCAAGACCCCAUCUAUCUGACACCCGCUGGUAAUGGACAGUUGGCCCCCCAGAGCAUGCCAAGAUCAGAGUCAUGAGCUAGCAGCCCAGCCCUGGUUGGGCAAACUUUCUGGGGUCCUGCAUGGGCUGCCUGGGUCCCAAUGCUACUUACA